ACGUUUGGCCAGGCCAGAAACGAGUUAGGUGAGUUACACUCCAAUAUGAAGCGAGCUACCUGCAUGGUAGCUAGCUAGCUGCAGGCUGGCCCAUCACCAGAUAACGCGGCGUCAUUUUGAAGGGACCGGUUUCUCUCAUUUGAAGCACAAAGCGGACACAGCAUCAGGCACAAAAGCUACAUCAUGCCAGUCGACCCUAAAAAUGUGCUUCUAACAUAUGAGAGGUCUCAAGAGAGCUGAGCUACCCUGAUGUGAUGCCUGCCUGGCGGAUCUCUCUGUUGAGUGUGGAACUACUACUUUUAGCAAAUGCUUACUCAAGUUUCCGGAUUGAACCGACAGAAGGUAGCCUUGCAGGGGGAACAUGGAUCACACUUGUUUUUGACGGUUUGGAAACAAGUAUUCUUUACCCCAACAAUGGCUCUCAGCUGGCGAUAGACCUGGUGAAUGUGGCAACACCCGCCUUGAAGAUCCCUUGUGACAUCUCUCCCCUCUUCGUGGAUUUGCCCGUGGUGACGUGCCAGACGAGGUCUCUUCCAUCAGAAGCACCUGAAGGUCUUUAUUCUCUGGAGAUACGCUCUGGGGAUCAACUGCUAGGCAGCCCGUGUGCCAGAUUACUGGACAACUGUACUUUCAAGUUUUCCAAGGAGCAGACACCUGUUUUAUAUCAAGUUAACCCAUCAAGUGGAGUUCCAGGAGAAGUAGUGCAUGUGUAUGGCUGGGUCAUUACUGAUCGGAUGGAAAUUUUUGAUCCUGAUGUGGACUACAUGGAGAGCCCAUUAAUCCUGGAAGCUGGAGGAGACAAAUGGCUUACUCCUUGUUCUCUUAUAAACAGGAAGACAGGAAUCUGUUUUCCCAUCCAGGAGGAACAUGGCCUUGGGACUGUGCAGUGUCGCGUGGAAGGCAGUUAUAUUGGUUCCCAGAAUGUUAGUUUCUCAGUAUUUAACAAAGGAAGGUCGAUGGUGCAUAAGGAAGCCUGGCUGAUCAGUGCUAAACAGGAACUGUUCCUGUACCAGACAUACCCAGAAAUCCACUCUGUGUUUCCAAAAGUUGGGAGCCUUGGGGGAAGAACAGACAUCACUAUUACUGGAGAUUUCUUUGACCCUUCUGCCCGGGUUACCAUUGCAGGCAUUCCAUGUGAUAUUAGACAUGUGUCUCCCAGGAAGAUUGAGUGCACCACCAGGGCUCCAGGAAAUGGAGCAAGGCUCACUGCUCCCCAGGCAGGUAAUCGAGGACUCCUUUUUGAAGUUGGAAAUGCUGUUAAGGAUGAGGAGCUGACUGAAGCCACCCCAGGGUACAGGUGGCAGAUAGUUCCUAAUGCUAGUUCUCCAUCUGGCUUUUGGUCCAAGGAAGGGAGACCUUUCAGAGCACGGCUCAGCGGGUUCUUCGUGGCUCCAGAGACCAACAAUUACACAUUCUGGAUCCAGGCAGACAGCCAAGCUUUCUUGCGUUUCAGUUCUUCAGAGGAGCCAAGGAUGAAGGUAGAAGUGGCUUCCAUUGCAGUUGGCACUGCUGACUGGUUUGACUCUUGGGAGCAGAACGGGAAUGAAGGGAGCUGGCAACAGAAGACAAAUAAGCUAGAACUGCAGGGCGGAGCCAAGUACUACUUGGAAGCAGAGCAGCAUGGGAUAGCUCCCAGCAGGGGGAUGAGAAUUGCUGUCCAGAUCCACAACACCUGGCUGAAUCCAGAUGUGGUCAACACUUACCUUCUGGAGAAACACCAGAUCCGAGCCCAAGCCCAGAGACUUCCAGAAAUACAGGUGUUGAACAUGUCAGGUAAAGGAAACUUUUUCCUUACUUGGGGCAAUGUCUCCAGCCAACCAGUUCCUGCAAAUGCCACAGCCCAACAGAUCCAAACCAUCAUCGAGGAGUUGCUGGUGGUGAAAUGCAAUCUGGUACCCCUUUCAGCUCGUGUUCUCCUCUGGCUUGGAUUUGAGCAAGGCUUAGAUGGCUCCAGGUCUGAUGGGGUCCUCACCAGUUCAACCGAACCAUUCUGUGGCAGAUUCAGCCUUGGUCAACUUCGACAUCUUAUCCUAAGCCCUGGGGCUGUCAGUAAGGGCUAUCAGCUGGAUCGAUACCCAUAUUUGUGCUUUGCAUACAGAGGUCAUAUGAACAGGACCCUGGACAUGACUGUUUCUUUCCUAUUUGGCUUCCAAAAUGUCAUGAAGAAUAUCACCUGUGACUGGAGUCUGAUGGAACCCCACCCUGAGAGCUGGCACUUUACUUGCAAUAACCUCUGGGACACAUGUGUACGCCAUUCUGAGGAGCUCCAGUCUUCUCUGGCAAACACCCCAUUGCUGGUUCAUCGGAUCGACAUCUUCCCUGUGGUUCCAGAGGCAGACUUGCUCUAUGUGGAUGAAAUUAUUCUUGCAGAUACCAACGUAACAGUUUCUCAAGCCGAUUCUGGAGUAGCCCGCCCAGGUGGGAAUGUGGUGGAGUCAGUGUCUGUGGUGGGAGUCCCUCCAGUCUACAGCAUAGCCUCUUGGAUGGCAGGAUGUGGCUCAGAACUUCCUCUCAUCACUGCAUGCUAUGUGCCCACCCAGGGGACAGGCGAAGGAUCAGAACUGAUUGAGGUGACAGCGAAAAGACUCCAGAGGACAAGCCCACCUUUGGGAGGACACUUCUCCCUCCACCUCUCUGAUACAGUGAUACCUGAUGUUCCAGUGCAUGUGUCUGCCAGACAGCUUCAUAAGCUACUGCAGGACAAUGCUGAUGAGUCCACAUCUGGAUAUCUCAAUGCCGAUGACUUCAUUGUGACAAAGGAUCAAAAUUCCUGCUAUGAACAUGUGUGGACUCUUUCCUGGACCACUCAGAUUGGGGAUUUGCCCAAUUUCAUCAGGGUCUCCGAUCAAAAUCUUACGGGGUUGAAUCCCACCAUAACUGCUCGUGUAGUAUACGAUGGCGGAGUUUUCCUUGGGCCCAUUCUUGGAGACACACUGGCUACUGCCAACCAGCAGACUCAGGUGACUGUACAAGUGAAUGACAUACCAGCCCAUUGUUCAGGCUCCUGCUCCUUCCAAUACCAGCGAGCGUCAACUCCCAGCGUGGACUGUGUGUGGUAUUCCCUUGGUAGUGAUGUCAACCUGCUGGUUCAUUUUACUGGAAAUGGUUUCCCUAGAGAUGCCCAGUUCUUACAGGUCACGGUGAUCAACACGAGUUGUGAAGUUAUUUUCUCAAAUGAAACCAACGUUGCCUGUGAGCUUGCCCUACUACCAGUUGGAGUGCACCGGGUUUUUAUGCUGGUGAGACCUUCUGGCCUUGCUCUUAAUGCCAGUGGAGAAGGCCUCUUCCUACGUGUGGAACCCAGGCUGGAUGCUGUGGAGCCUUCUACAGGCGCAGAGAUUGGAGGAUGGUGGGUUACACUCCGAGGCUCUAGUCUAGAAGGCGUUAGCCUGGUGUUAUUUGGAACUCGGUCGUGUGUCAUUGAUGUCAUUAGAAGCAAUUCGCAACAGAUUCAAUGCAAAGUCCCACCUAGGGGGAAAGAUGGAUACACUGUGAAUGUGACUGUGAUCAAUGGGGACCACUCCACAGUUCUUGCCAGAGCAUUUACUUAUGUCUCCUCUUUAAAUCCAGUGAUUGUGUCUUUGAGCAGAAAUAGAAGCAACAUAGCAGGAGGUGAGAUUCUGUUCCUUGGGAUGACACUGAUGGUGAACUAUACAGAUCUGAAUGUGCAAAUCUACAUUCAGAACACUUCUGCUCAGGUCCUUGCAAAGACGGCAUGGGGACUGGAGGUGCUGUUGCCUCCGUUGCUGCCUGGCAUCUAUGUGAUUUCAGCAUUCAUCAAUGGAAUCAGCAUUCGUUCACAAGGGGUUGAUCUCCACAUCCAGUACCUCACUGAAGUUUUCAGCAUGGAACCUUGCUCCGGGUCUCUCUUGGGUGGAACUAUCCUCAGACUCUCAGGAGCAGGACUGGGCAGAGACCCAGCUCUGAUUCGGGUGCUUGUGGACAACCGUCCUUGUGAUACUGUGAAGUUAACAGAAGUGAACAUUUGGUGUGAGACUCCCCGAGUCCUACUACCACCCAGAGCAGAUGUUCUCACUGUCCCAGCAUCUGUGGAGAUCUGGGCUGGCAACACUUCCUUCGUGGGGAAGGCCUUCAUCUUCACAUAUGAAGCUGCAGCAACUCCAGUGGUCACUGCUAUGUGGGGUGAACUCAUGAACAACAGUGUAAGGUUUUAUGUGGAAGGAAAUAACCUCUCCGACUCAGUCAUUCUUUUGGGAUCCUUGAAAUGUGACCUUCAAGUGCAAUUGUUUGGUGAUAACAUGAACCUGUCUGGGUGCUCCCUUCUUCUCCACAGUUUGGAAGCUGGGGUCUAUGCUCUCCAAGUUCGUCACAAGAGGAUGGGGUUUGCCAAUAUGUCUGCGGUGCCUCAGAAGUUUGAGCUGUCACCGCAGAUUAUCGACAUCUUCCCAACACAUGGUUCUAUAUAUGGUGGGACAGUGCUUACUGUGAAGGGCACGGCUUUCAGGUCCAGAAGGAGGUCUGUUCAUGUUGACCUUUCAGGUCCUUUUACUUGCGUGAUUUUGAGUUUGGGAGACCACACAGUCCUAUGCCAGACCAAGUUUGUGGGUGAUCAGUUUUCUGAAACAUCACUGGCUCUAAACAUCACAGUUCUGGUCAAUGGGCUGACCAGCAAGUGUGAGGGGAACUGUACUCUCUUCCUGGAGGAAGCAGCAACUCCUAUUGUGGAUGCUUUGACUAUAAGUAUCAGUGGCUCUCUAACCACAGUGCUGAUGAGAGGACAGAGGUUAGGCUCUGCUGGUGAGCCAACAGCCUUUGUGGAUGGUCAACUUCUUUGCCAUACAACUUUCUUUAAUACCAGCUAUGUGGCAUGCCAGAUGAGAGAUUUGGCCCCGGGGUUCCACUAUCUGUCAGCUGUUCGUACAAGUGCUGGAUAUGCUUGCCUCAAUAGUGUUUCUAGAAACUUCUUCGUUGUGCCUCAGGUGUUCGAUUAUUUUCCUAAGGAUUUUAGCAUCCAUGGUGGAAGUCUCUUGACUAUAAAAGGCACAACCCUUCGAGGAUGGAAAACUACAUUUGUCUAUGUUGGCCAGCAGGCUUGUCUAACAGUGAACAUCAGUUCUGAGUUCAUCCAGUGCAUUGUUCCCGCAGGAAAUGGCUCUGCUGCUCUGGAAAUAGAUGUAGAUGGAGUUUUAUACCACAUGGGAUUUGUUGACUACAGCAGCAUCUUUACCCCAGAAUUGCUUUCUGUUUCACGGAGUCAUGACAUCUUGACCUUUACAGUGGCCCGGAUCUCAGGGGCUGCAAAUGUUGACAUUCUUAUUGGGACGUCACCGUGUCUAGAUGUUGCUGGUAACCGUACGAUUCUCCGGUGCAUGGUCCCUCUGCUUCCUGCUGGGGAGUAUGCUGUCACAGGUUAUGACCACAGCAGAGGAUGGGUCUCAUCCACUCUCAUUCUCGUGCUGAGAGCCACUGUGACCUCAGUGACUGAGAACUAUGGCUGCCUGGGUGGAAGGCUUUUGCAUGUGCUCGGAGCAGGAUUUUCUCCAGGGAACAUCUCAGCUGCUGUAUGUGGUGCUCCGUGCCAAGUCUUGGCUAAUGCGACAGUGUCUGCCUUCAGCUGCUUGGUUCUGCCCCUGGAUGCGUCCUUGGCUUUCCUCUGUAACCUGAGGCAUGCAGAAGACAGCUGUGGAGUUAGCAGGCCCACCUACUUGCAAUGUGACUUGACUGUCUCCGUGGGGAUGGAGAGACUGCCUGGAUCCUGGCCUUACGUCUACCUUUGUGAAGAGAGUUCCCAGGGCCUCUUCGUACCAGAUCACCAGAUCUUCCUUUCCUUCUCAGGCCUCUUCCUCAGCCCUAAAGUGGAAAGAGAUGAAGUUCUCAUCUAUAAUAGCUCCUGUAACAUUACCAUGGAAACUGAGGCAGAGAUGGAGUGCGGGACACCUAAUCAGCCAAUUACCGCCAAGAUUACUGAAAUACAGAAAAGCCGGGGCCAGAACACUCAGGGCAACUUUUCCUUCCAAUUCUGCCGAAGGUGGUCCAGGCCUCACAGUUGGUUUCCUCACAGAGUGCCACAAGAUGGCGACAAUGUCACAGUGGAGACCAGUCACCUGCUACUGCUAGAUGCGAAUACAAGUCUCCUGAACUCCCUGCACAUUAAAGGUGGCAAGCUGAUUUUCAUGGAGCCCGGACCCAUUGAUCUCAGAGCCCAUUCUAUCCUAAUUACAGACGGUGGAGAGCUCCAUAUUGGAUCUGAGGACAAGCCUUUCCAAGGCAAAGCUCGGAUCAAACUCUAUGGAAGUGUCCACUCCACUUCCUUCUUUCCCUAUGGAGUCAAGUUCCUGGCUGUGAGGAAUGGAACUCUUUCUCUGCAUGGUUCUGUUCCAGAAGUUACUUUUACCUAUCUUCGAGCAGCUGCAUGUGCAGGAGACACCGUGUUGGCUCUGGAAGAGGCCGUGGCUUGGCACCCUGGGGAUGAGGCUGUCAUUAGCAGUGGAGCGACUGUAGAAGGUGCUGAAGCAACAGAAGAGGUGGUUGUUGUAGAAACUGUCCACGAUGCGGACCUCCAUCUCAGGAACCCCCUGAGAUACUCCUACAACUUCACAGAAAACUGGGUAACUGGAGUGAAUCAUAUUUUGAAGGCUACAGUGGCUCUUCUCAGCAGGAACAUUAUUGUCCAAGGAAAUCUCACUCUCGAGAGGGUAAAGCUUCUUGAUUCAUGCCAGGAGGCCGGUGCUGCUGAAGGAAACCUGAAGCAUUGUUUAUAUUCUAAGAGUGAGAAGAUGCUGGGAGCCAGGAAUCUGGGGGCCAGAGUUAUCAUUCAGUCCUUCCCAGAGGAACCCAGCUUGGUCAAGCUGAAGGGAGUGCAGUUCCGAGACCUGGGACAAGCCUUCCAUAAGCAUCUAAGCUCACUCACCCUGGUGGGAGCUAUGAGAGGUUCUUAUCUCCACAGCUGUUCAAUGUGGGGCUCCUUCAGCAGAGGCCUCAGCAUACACAGGACCUGGGGUCUGAAGGUGGAAAAUAAUAUAUUCUAUAAGAUUGUAGGUCAUGCCCUACUGGUGGGGUCCUACAUGGACAGAAGUUUUAGCACUAGUGAGGCUGUUAUUGGAAGAAAAAAUGGUUGGUGGGAAGAGGGAAGUAUGAUAAGAAACAAUGUGAUCAUCAAUGUUUCUGGGGCUGAGGGACUGUCCAGUUCUGAAAUGUUGGCACCAGCAGGCAUCUACACUUUCAGUCCCACCAGUGCGAUUGAGGGCAACAGAGUGUGUGCAGCUGGUUAUGGCUAUGUUCUCCACCUUGUGACCAGCCAAACAGUGCAAGCUCCACUACUCUCAUUCAACUGGAAUACUGCACAUUCUUGUACAAGAUAUGGUCUCCUUGUAUAUCCUGAAUUUCAACCGCCUUGGAAUAAUGACACUGGCUUCACUCUGUUUCAAAACUUCAUGGUUUGGGGAAGUGCUGGUGGUGCCCAGAUUUUUAGAAGUAACAAUCUGCACCUGAGAAACUUCCAAGUUUAUGCAUGCAGAGACUUUGGGAUUGACAUUUUGGAAAGUGACACGAACACUUUGGUUACUGACAGCUUCUUACUAGGUCACUUCACCCACGAGGGAAGUCUAUGUAUGUCAGUUGGCAUCAAAACUCCCAAAAGAUGGGGACUGACGAUUUCUAACACAACUUUCGUUAAUUUUGAUCUCAACUGUGUGGCCAUCAGAACCUGUUCUGGCUGUUCCCAAGGACAGGGUGGAUUUCCUGUCAAGACCAGGCAAUUGAAGUUUGUCAACUCUUCAAAUUUAGUAGCAUUUCCUUUUCCUCAUGCAGCAGUUUUGCAAGACUUAGAUGGGUCCCUGUCUGGGAAAAAUGGAUCUCAUGUUCUUGCUUCUAUGGAAACCCUCUCAGACACAUGUUUGACCAAUGCAAGCUUCAGCCAGAUUGUCUCUGGCAGCGUCUGUGGGGAAGCUGUUCUCUUCCAUCGUAUGUCUAUUGGUUUAGCUAAGAGCCUCGACGUUCCUAAGAAUUUAACCAUGACUGACAUCAGAAAUAGGACAAUCACUAUCAAUUAUGUGGAUGACACGUUGUCUAACUCUUAUGGCUGGAUGGCUCUACUCUUGGACCAAGAGACCUACUUGCUGCAGUUUGAGGGUCCUUGGACGGACGGAUCUUUGCAGUACUCAGCAACCUUUGACAACUUUGCCCCUGGAAAUUACCUCCUGCUAAUGCACAGGGACCUACUACCUUAUCCCGACAUUCUCCUCAGAUGUGGGAGUCGGGUGGGCCAGUCACUUCCCUCUCAUCCUUUGCCGAGUCGAGACGGAGCCUGUGAUUGGUUCUUCCACAGGCAGUUAAGGCAGCUCACCUACCUGGUUUCAGGGGAAGGUCAAGUUCACGUAUUCCUCCAGGUGAAGCAUGGUGCACCUCCAACUGUUUCAGCUUCUACAUCUGUAUCUGAAUCAGCUUUAAAAUGGUCCCUUCCUGAAACAUGGCAAGAUGUUGAAAAAGGCUGGGGAGGAUACAACCACACCAUCCCAGGACCCGGUGAUGACGUCUUGAUUUUACCCAACAAGACGGUUCUUGUGGAUACUGAUCUCCCCGUGCUUAGAUGCCUCUAUGUGAUGGGUACCUUAGAAUUCCCUGUGGACAGAAGCAACGUUCUGAGUGUGGCGUGCUUACUCAUUGCAGGAGGGGAGCUGAAAGUAGGUACUUUGGAAAACCCCUUAGGAAAAGACCAAAGACUUCUGAUACUCCUCAGAGCCUCAGAAGAAAUCUUCUGUGACCGUUUUGACGGAAUACGUGUUGACCCUGGAACAAUUGGAGUUUAUGGGAAACUUCGCCUUCACAGCGCAUAUCCUAAGAAAUCCUGGGUACACCUUGGAGCUGACAUUGCCCCGGGAAAUGAGAGGAUUAUAGUACAUAAUGCAGUGGAUUGGCAGCCCCAUGACAAAAUCGUCCUCAGCUCUUCUUCUUAUGAGCCUCAUGAGGCAGAGGUCCUCACUGUGAAGGAAGUCAAGGACCAUCACAUCAGGAUCUAUGAACGUCUAAAACACAGGCACAUUGGAAGUGCCCACACCCUGGAGGAUAGUCGACAGAUUUGUUUGGCUGCUGAGGUUGGAUUGUUGACCAGAAACAUUAGAAUUCAGUCUGACUCAUCCUGUAGAGGGAGACUCCUUGUGGGGUCCUUCAGGAAAUCUAGCGGAGAAGAGUUUUCUGGCAUUCUUCAACUUCUAAAUGUAGAAAUUCAAAACAUGGGGUCACCACUGUAUGCAUCUAUUGAAUUCACCGGUGUGUCAGCUGGAUCCUGGGUUAUAUCUUCUACUGUACAUCAAAGCUGCACUGUGGGCAUCCAUGCAUCUUCUAGUCGUGGGAUGGUCUUAAAUGACAACAUAGUGUUUGGCACAAAAGGCCAUGGAAUCGAUGUGGAGGGUCAGAACUAUUCUCUCACCAAUAACCUUGUCAUUCUGUCAAUGCAGUCAGCAAACUCCCUUCCUUGGGUGGCAGGAAUCAAAGUGAACUAUGCCGAAGAUAUCAUUCUCCACGGCAAUGUGGUGGCAGGAUCUGAGAGACUUGGCUUUCAUGUCCGUGGCCAUGGGUGCUCCUCUGAAGUGCUUUGGUCUGACAAUGUGGUCCACUCAAGCCUCCAUGGCAUUCACCUCUACAAGAAACGUGAACCUAAUAACUGUACUGGUGUCUCUGGAUUUCUGGCUUUUAAGAACUUUGACUAUGGUGCCAUGGUUCAGACAGAGAAUAGUGUGGACAUACAGAAUAUCACUCUGGUGGAUAAUACUGUUGGUCUUUUGGCCAUCUCGUAUGUAUCUUCGGCUCCACUGAGAUCUGGCAGCACUCUACAGAUUACUCUUAGGAAUUCAGUCAUCGUAGCCACUAGCUCCUCUUUUGACUGCAUCCAAGACAGAAAGGCUCCUCAGUCGGCCAACUGGACCUCCACAGAUAGAGCGCCUUCCAAUCCCAGAGGAGGCCGGAUCGGUAUUCUGUGGCCUGUAUCUGCCUCAGAACCAAAUGGAUGGCCCCAGGAGCCAUGGCACAAAGUAAGGGGCGGUCAUUCAGUUCCAGGAAUUAUGAAGCUUCAAGAUGUCACCUUUUCUAGUUUCGUGAAGAGUUGCUAUAGCGACGAUCUGGAUGUCUGCAUCCUGACUAAUGAGCACAGCACUGGAAUCAUGUACCCAAUAACAGCAGAGAGGACCAGAAUGCUGAAGAUAAAGGACAAAAACAAGUUCUACUUUCUUCCAUUACAGUCUGGGAAAGACUUAGUGGGAACCAUCUGCCCUGCAUCAUCGGACUGUGAAAUUCCAAGAAAAUACCUCUUCACAGAUCUGGAUGGGAGAACCCUGGGUCUGUCCCCACCAGUUUCUGUGUUUCCAAGGAUAGAGGAAGGAUGGACUGGAUCCUUCUUCAACACAGGUAUAUUCAGAGAAGAACAGAAAUGCACAUUUCGAGCCAUGAUCCAGGGCUUCUUCUGUAAGCAGACUGAGCAUGCAGUCCUAAUUCUUGAUAAUGUUGAUGUAACUUGGACAAUCCCCAAAUUCUACCCACUUGUAUCCAUUACUAAUGGUUUUGUGGACACGUUCAGUAUUGUGAAGGACAGUGGUCUAUGCUUUCCCACAAGCUCCCCGUCUACUUUUUAUUCCAUUUUACCAACCAGACAAAUGACCAAAGUAUGCUUUCCAGAGCGAACUCCCCCAUUCCUGCACUUUUUUCUACUGGCAAACAGAAGAGCGUCCAAGCUCAUCUUGGCUGUGUUCUACAAUGAGAUUCAGAGCCCCUACGUUUUCUUAGACAAGAGCUUUAUUCCACCUACACCAGUAGAGUCAGCAUUUUCACUGUUGGAUGAGCCUGUUGGUGCCAACUAUUUCGACAUCAUGAAUAACCUCUUGUAUGUUGUCCUGCAAGGAGAGGAGGCUGUUGAAAUACGUUCAAGUGUUUCCAUUCAUUUGGCUUUGACAGUGACAUUUUCAGUCCUAGAAAAGGGCUGGGAGAAAGCAGUGCUUGAAAGUCUAAGAGGCUUCUUCCAGAUUGACCAAAACCAAAUCAGACUCACUCUUGAGAUGCCUGGCAACAAAGAGACCUUAAAGGCCAUUGCAAACAGUGAAGGAAAACGAAAGCGCAGUUGCCCAACUGUGACUUGUGCUGUCCCUUCUAGCAGAUAUGUUCAACGCAGACCUCUCAUGGCAGAAAUGGCAUCAUUUACAAUCACACCAGCAACCACUCUGGAAACUUUCUCAAAGGUGAUUGUCUUUGAAAUCGGUGAUCUGCCAAAUGCAAGGGACAGUGAAUUCAUUCAGUCCUUACCAAGUAACAGAUUACAGAAAUUGGCUCACCAGGUUAUCACUGCUCAACAGACUGGAGUUCUGGAAAAUGUCCUUGGUAUGACUGUUGGGGCCCUACUAGUGGCUCAGUCAGAGGGAGUCACAGGAUAUAGAAAUGCAAGUAGUUUAAUAACUGGAAACCAGAUAUAUACCCGGCCCUCUGUGGUUUCCAUCCUGGUGCAGCCUUCAGAUGGGGAAGUGGGAAUAGAAUUACCGAUUCAGCCACGGCUCAUCUUCCUGGAUGAGAAGAAUGAGAGAGUGGAAGCUUUGGGUCUCCCCUCAGAACCUUGGAUUAUUUCAGUUUCCCUGGAAGGGACAUCUGAAUCAAUGCUAAAAGGGUGUACCCAGGCAGAAACACAGGAUGGCUAUGUGACCUUCUCCAGAUUGGCUGUCUUGACCUCUGGGUCAAACUGGCACUUAGUUUUUACUGUCACUUUCCCUCCAGGUACUAAUUUAACAGCUCGAUCCAAGACCUUUGCUGUCCUGCCUGUGGCCGGCAAGGAGAGGUCAACUAUCAUCCUGGCCUUGUCCCUGUGCUCAGUGGCGUCUUGGGUGGCUCUAAGUUGUCUCAUUUGCUGCUGGUUUAAGAAAAGCAAAACCAGAAAAAUAAAACCAGAAGACAUAUCUGAAUCCCAGGCUAAGGAACAAAAGAAGAAUACCCAUAUCUCUUCCAAACCCAGAGAACUACAAGUAAAGACCGCAAAAGAAGACGCUAUGAUGGGAGAAGACAUGAGAAUGAAGGUCAUGGAGGGAAGGCAGAACCAGUUUUCCCAACACUCAAUGGAUGGAGUGUCCAAAAGAAAAGUUAGCCGCCGUGCUGUCCCAGAGGAAAGAACAGCUACACCUGCCCUGAAGAUUCCCAGAACCACCUGUGUCCCAGGAGCUCUUCCUCAGCAGUUGACUCUGCCGGAGCCUGGGAACUGGCAGGAGGCCCAACAGCAGCUGCUUAGAUACCAGCUGGCAGGCCGCGAUCAGCUGCUUCUGUUAUGCCCAGACCUCAGGCAAGAGAGGCAGCAGGGUCAGGAGCCUAGCCAGCUGAACAAAGGGAGUGGCCGCUGCAUGGGGCUGUCUCAAGAGAAGGCCACUUGCGUUCCCACUGAGACCUUCUGCCUUCACACAGCUCCACCAGAAACUAUCCAGUAACAGCUGUGGGCGCGGAGCACUGUGGGCGUUUGUAUGAAAAGGAGAAACUGUUCAAAAUUAUUUCUACAUGGUGAACGGGGGAGGAGAGGUCUGAUCUGUUUGGACAACUAAGGGAGAAUGGGGACGACUGUAAUUAAGCUUCUCUUAGAGCCAACACUCAGGAUGCUUCAGGCUUGUCUUAUGGAAGACCUGUGAUAGAUUUAGUUAGCUGAUGUUGUAUCUGCAGGACUACAGAAAUACUCAGGAGAUAUCUUACACCAAAGCUUAUCCCCCAAACAGAGGUAACGUAAUAAGAGUUACUUGUAGAUUUUAUUUCGUGGUUUAAAUUUAGUAAUUAUUGGGAGCUUUCUGCAUUGCAAGCAUUAUUAUUUGCACCUCAUGAGUAUUUGUACAUGAAAGAUGAUGGUCACAUAGGCUUUGUUGGGAUUUCAGUUAAGAAAAAGAUAUGAAAACACUAAAUUUAGGCAAUUUUUAUGUACUAUAGGUACAUUUCACACCAGGUAUUUAUAUGAAAAGGGGAAAUAUUCAAAGCUACUUCUCUGUGGUAAGUGGGAAAAGAGAGGUCUGAUCUGUUUGGACAACUAAGGGAAAAAUGUGGACUCUCAAUAUUUUGACUUAAUAGUUCUAAUAAUUUCUUCUAGUUGGGUAAAAUUUACAACUACCAGGGAAUUUUUCUAGAAGACUAAACAUAAUCUAAUGGUAAAGUGGACUAAUGGCUCUCUUAUUUAUCAGAGAACUGAUUUUUGUUUCCCACAAAAAGCAAGUAUAAGGAGUGCCCAAGAGACUAGAAAAGAAAUCUUAGGUAUGGUCUUUUGAAGCUGUGUUUAGGGAGAUGAAGCAAAGAGGUAGCUGAUGCUUUAAGAAAGAAAGUGCAUCAAUCACCCUCUCUAAACUGCUGAAAAUUUUAUAAGGAAUAGAUAGAUGCCAAAGGAUUUUCCUGAACUGAUUGAUAUAUUUAUGUGACCUUUUAUCUUCUUUAGUUUACUGAUACAGUAAUGCAUUCCGUGACUUGGAUUCAAACGCUGAACCAAAUUUACAUACCUUAAAUAAAUCCUGCUGGCAUAUUUUUUGAUAUACUAACAGGUUUAGUUUGCUGAUAUUUUAUUGUAUUUUAUAUCUAAAUGAUAUAAAAUAUUAUAAAAUAAUAUAAAAUGAUAUGAGAUAUUCGAUCAUAAUUUCAGUUUAUUUUUUCAAUUAACUUUAGCCAUGCAUAGUUUGAAUGCCUGUAGCCUAAGCUUUCCCAAAAGAGACGGCCGGAAAAUGCUUUAGCACGGGAAUUCAAGGCCAGUCUGAACCCCAUAGCAAGACAAAAUAAUUUCUUUAAAACGUGAAUUAGGUGUAGGGCAUCUGGUGACACAUGCCUCUGGCCCCAGUACUCAAGAGAUAGAAUAGCAGGCAUCACAAAUUUAAAGGUAGCCUGGGAUCCACAAUAUGCUGCAAGCCAACAUGACUUAUCCACAAAGAACUUGUCUCAAUAGAGAAAAAAGAAUUAGGAAUGCUCUGUAUUUUCUGGAAGAAAUUCUGUGAAGUUGGAGGGGGGAAAUGGAACUUUUGUUGUUGUUUUCUGUAGUCUGUAAAAACAUUGUAUGGAAUAGACAUGACUCUUCUCCAUCUAUUUGGUCGGUUUCAGUAUCAAAAUUGCUUGGCCUACACAUGGCUUUUUCAAAUUUUUUUAAAUUAUGGAUUCAAUUUUUUAUAGAUUAUAGAACUAUUCAAUUAAAAAAAAAGAAAGAAAGUGCAGACCACUUUAACAUACUCAUCCAUCUCUACUUAAACUAAAGAAUACUUUAAGUGCACUGACUUAUCACAUUUGUCUGCUUCUCAGAAAGCCUUAUAACAUGAGAAUAUGAAGAAAAGAUAUGGAAGACAGUCAGGCAGUGAAAAGAAUUUCUACAUUUUUCCGUGGAAAAAUGUCAGAUUUUCCCACAGUUUAAACCAAGAUUUUUCCAAUCUCCUUAUGGCUAAAGGAGCUCUUCUGGGGUUGAGACGAGACACAGGCAAGCAAUCCUGUCUUCUAUGGCUAACUCUUAAAUGAUGGCAGCUUAGAAAUUGAAACCAUAGGAUGUAUUGGUAAGGAGUAAUCAUCAACUAGAAAGCAUUAUCUCUUUCCACCACGAGUCGGCCACAGCUAUCUCUGCCUCUUCUUUAAACAUUCUUGAAGUAGCUCAUAAAGCUCCUUGUUUCUAAGAUUACUUAGUUCUGAGGUGUUGACUCUUUCCUGUGGCUCUCUACUGACUGCUGAGAGGAGGAAUGAUGACGCUGAGUCCGAUGCUCCCUGGAGAUGAAAAUCCAGUCUAUAUGCGUGCUGAGAUGGCAUAAAUCAAUUGCAAUGAUACAAAAUUACCAUUAAGCUAUAAACUAGCUUCCUCAGGAUAAAUCUUAUAGAUGUAUCUUUUCAGACAACAAAGGUACUUUAGAAUUAGCUACCAAAACCCAACACUUCUGCGUAGCAUUCCUUCUCCCAUUUAAUUAGCCCUUGCAAUAACUCUUUUAUUAUAUUUCAUUUAGUAACCUUUUGAUCUUUAAAACCAUUGGCCUUGGCAAACUCUAGUGCAUACUCUUAAUUCUCAAGAACUGUGAUCUUCCUGGACCAUACCCUUUCAGAAAUUAAGGAGUUUGAGGACUGCAGGAGAGUAGCCUUCAGUCACUGUGUUGGUUCCUGUUUGUCUUCGCCUUACAUCUGCACUCGGGUAACUGCCUUCAACUCUUCCAAUCUCUGCCCUGACUUUUGGUGAACUCUAUUCCGUGUACCUACUGAGACUUUUCACAGCCACUGUGGAGUCAGUGCAGAGCUCAACCCUGCUCCAGCUCGCUAUUUUCCCCUCCUCAUUCAAUAAAUGGCACUAUAUCGUAACAGCAAUCAUGACCCUUUUUUAUAUGUCAACGUUCUCAGUCAACUCCCAAGACUCAUUUAUACACAUUUCUGCAGUCUAAUGUUAAUCUCCUCAUCCGUACCCCAUGCAGUUCAGGAUCGCCUUUGUGUGAGAUAAGUUUUGAGCUGGUUCUCUUUUUCACUGCUUAAAAAGAAAAAAGAUGGGUGAGUGGGAUAAAUGCUGGGAGCAGGAAAAGAAGCUAAGAUCAUUUGUGGCUUAGAACAAGUCUGUAACUGCACCAUUGAUGAAGGUAAAUAUUUCUGAGCUACUCCUAUUAACCAAAUAAACCAUGGGAUAAACAUCUUUUUUCCUGUGUCAUUUCAAAGAAUCUAUUUUUGUUGCUCAUUUCCAAUGCUCUCUAUAUGACGUGCCCUUCCUCCCAAGAGAUUAUUUUGCUAAAGCUCUGAGGAUUUAAAAAUAUUUGAGAACAGAUUUUAAGAGAUGCUCAUCACAGAAAGCUGAUAAAUAUGAGAGGUGAUACAAAUGUCAUUUAGCUUUACUGAACUGUUUUACAGUAGAUGUGUAUUUGAAAACUCUACUUUGUACUGAGUAAAUACAUGCAAUUGUUAAUCUGUCAAAUAUAUUAAAACAUUCAUGAAUAUUUUUGCAUAGUAAAAUACAAAGGGAAGGCGGUGGAGUUUGUCCCAUUUUUCUUGCUUUUUGCAUCAGGUUCAGGGAGCCUUCAACAAAUGUCGUUCCUAGAGAAGAGACUGAGGCAUGGGAGUCUGGUAGUUACCAUAGAAUUCUUGCCCAUGAUGCUGCCAGUGAAGUUUCUAAAAAUGAAGAUGCCUUGAGCUGUCUGAGGCUUUCUCUCUUCCAAAAGCUACUUAGUUGAAUGAGUUCUACCCAUCUAACAGCAGAAUACCGAACAUACAGAAUUGCCAUAGAUUAAAAUGCACAUGAAGUACAUUCAAAAACAAAAUGGGAGAAACACUAUGAAACACAUGCAUUUGUUACUCAACUAAAUGUCUUUUAAACUGUGUAUGUCUGUGACAGUAAAUUCCAUCCCAUCAUUUAUUUUCUUUCUAAUUCUAUGAAGAAUUGAGUUCGAAUUUGGGUGGGGAUUGCAUUGAAUCUGUAGAUUGCUUUUGGCAAGAUGGCCAUUUUUACAAUGUUAAUCUCACCAAUCCAUGAGCAUGGGAGGUCUUUCCAUCUUCUGAGAUCUUCUUUAAUUUCUGUUUUUAGCGACUUGAAGUUCUUGUCAUACAGAUCUUUCACUUGCUUGGUUAGAGCCAUACCGAGGUAUUUUAUAAUAUUUGUGACUAUUCUGAAGGGUGUCAUUUCCUUAAUUUCUUUCUCAGUCUAUUUAUUAUUUGAGUAGAGGAAGGCUACUGAUUUGUUUGAGUUAAUUUUCUAUCCAACCACUUUGCUGAAGUUGUUUAUCAUGUUUAAGAAUUCUCUGGUGGAAUUUUUGGGGUCACUUUGAAGGCUCAUUUCCCCAGUGUGGGGGAAUGCUAGGGUGUUGAGGUAGGAGUGGGUGGGUGGGAGUGGGAACAUCUUCAUAAAAGCAGGGUAGGAAGGAAGCAGGGAGGGAGGAUGGUAGAGGGGGUAAUGGGAAUAAUAUUUGAAAUGUAAAUACAUAAAAUAUCAAAUAAAAAAUGUGGACAUUUAUUCUAUCAUUCUCUCCCCAAAUUUAAAAUUCUUUCAGUGUCAAUUUUAGAAAAGCAAUAAGAAGGAAUUAGAAUCAAAUGGAGAACAAUUUCUUACAAUCUUCAUUAUAGCACUGUGACAAAUUAUAGACAUACGUAAGAGAGGAAGUUCCCAGACUGCAGCUUUAAAAGACAAAUGAAAUAUUUUUUAUUAAGUCAAGUGAGAUAUAAGGAUUUGGGUGUUUCACAUUCUUUUGACCUGGUAAGUUUAAAAUACAUUACCAAAAUCAACUGGGAAUCUCUUCACCUGAACAAUUAAAAUAAAGACUAGAUUCUCUUUAGCAUGGUAGUUUCUUGUGUGUAAGAAAAUUCUUUAAUAUAUUAGAACCUUUUAAAAUUCAUUGAAAUCCAAAGGGAUGAUUGUAUUUUUGUCACCUUAUUUUUGGUAUCUGAAAAACAUUUUAUUAUACCACUCUUUCCCUUAUUUCAAAGUAGUAGCAAUAGAAAAUAUGUGAGAACAUAUUCUACUCUCCAUUCUGUAGAAGAAAAAGAGGCAGUUGUCAAGUUAGGGUCAAAGGCAAAUUCCAAAGUUCAAAUGCAGCAAUUCAUCCUUCUUGUACAAUAGAAUGUCCAAUAGAAAAAAACUAUUCAAUUUAUGCAAUAUCAAUAUGCUAAAAAAUCAAAUUGAACAAUGUCUAGUAUGCUUCUCCCAAUUCAGGUACAAAAAAAUGUAUUCAUCCACAUGAAGGAGACAAAGGAAUGUAAGAAAUUCCCAUACUAUUUAGCUAUGCCUGCCAGAUAAUGUGACUCUGUCUUAGGUUAGUAGCACAGUGUGAUUUUUCCCUAAGACUUGAUUUCUUUUCUUUUCUUUUCUUGGAUAUUUUCCUUAUUUACAUUUCAAAUGUUAUUCUUUUCCCUGUUUCCCUUCCAGAAACCCCCAUACUAUCCUCCCACCCCCUACCUCCAUGAGGGUGCUCCCCCACCCACCCACCCAUCCACUCCUUCCCACCUCCCUGCCCUGGCAUUCCCCGACACUGGGGCAUUGAACCUUCACAGGACCAAGGGCCUCUCCUCCUAUUGAUGCUUGACAACGCCCAUCCUCUGCUACAUAUGGGACUUAAUUCUAAUCCAGUAAAUACCAUAUGCUAUAACACUGAAAUUGAUUAUUCACUGUCAGUUCCUCAGAUUUAGUCCCUCAAGUUAGAGAUAUAACAUGCUAUAUGUAUACUCUAGUUUAUAAAAAAGGAUAGCUUGAGAAAUUAAAUAUUGAAGAAUUUUUCUUAAUAUCAGGUAAAUAAAUAAUCUUGAGUGUUUCCCUAGAGUCUUGAAUACUCUAGCAGUAUUAUCCAUUUUGGAUUAUAGAUUGAGUCAACUCCUAUUUCCAACAAAAUUUUAUUCUAUUCUCAAUGUCACAGCUUCAAUUAUCACCUCUUUCUAAAGUCCUCAAUCUCUUCCCAUAUACUAGUUUGUCUCAAUAAUAAUCCAACAUAAUUAAUAAAUUCAUACCCUGAAAGAUAAUGGAAACCAAGAGAAAAAACAAGGAUAUUCAUCUGUUAACACAUUCUUUUAAUAAGGUGGUUUCUAUUACGCUACAAGUUCAUUAAUACAUCAGUUGACAGUGCUACAGAAUAGGGAUUACUCUAGUGGUGACCAUGAAUGACCUAUGCACUGUCAGUCUGAACAAUGCUUCUCUGUUUUCUCUUUGCAUCAUCUCUGUUGGGUAUCUAAUUGAAUAUUUCUCAGAUACUACCAUUUUGUUUUGGCUGUAUUUUCUGUCCUUGGUUUUUUUGCAUGUCCCAUGUACUUGUGUGAUAGUUAUAAUGAGAAGUGCUCUUAUAAGCUCAUAUGUAUGAAUAGUUGGUUCCCAGUUAGUGAACCUGCUUGAGAAGGCUUAGGAGGUGUGCCCUUGUUGGAUGAGACAUGUCACUGGUUGAUGUGCUUUGAUGUUUCAAAACACUUGUGAUAUUCCUAAAUAUUUUCUUUCAGUCUCCUGCUUAUAGAUCAAGAUGUGAUUUCUCAUCUGUUCUUGCUAUUGUCCCUUUAUUUUGCCAUCAUGGCCUCUAACCCCCUGAAAUAGUAAUUCCAAUUAAAUGCAUUCUUUUUGUAACUUA